GUUUAUACCGCAUGGUCUUGGUAAACACAAACAAAUGAUGUGUGCUUUCAAAUCGGAAUACUAAACAAAUUUCUUAAGACAAAGCUUGAAACAGAACUUUAGGUUGAAAUGGGUGAUAUCGAAAAUGACGCUCGAAAGCCACAUAGAACAGCCCAUAGUGGUCGAAAAGCAGGAAAAAAAGAUGCAAAAAAGAAAAAGCAGAUUGACCAUGGUAAUUUUGGACAACCAAGAAAUCCCAAGGCAUUUGCCAUCCAGUCUACAACAAAAGCUGAAAGAAGAUUUCGAAGGACAAUGGAUAUCAAGAGCAAAGGAUAUCAUGUUCCCACUGUUGAUAGAACCCCUGCAAGACCAUCUCCAGCUAUUGUUGCACUUGUCGGCCCUCCUAAAGUUGGGAAGACUACCCUUUUAAAAUGUUUGAUAAAAAAUUUUACUCGACAGAAGAUGACUUCAAUCCAAGGACCAAUUACGCUUAUUUCAGGUAAAAAGAAACGUAUCACAUUCAUAGAAUGCAGCAAUGAUAUCAAUAUGAUGAUUGAUGUUGCAAAAAUAGCGGAUUUGGUGCUGUUACUAAUUGAUGCUAAAUCUGGGUUUGAAAUGGAAACUUUUGAGUUCAUGAAUAUUUGUCAAGUUCAUGGAAUGCCUCGUUUGAUGGGUGUUUUAACUCAUUUGGAUUUAUUUAAGAACAAAAAAGGUCUGCAGAAAACGAAAACAAUACUGAAGAAAAGAUAUCGCACUGAAAUUCCACGUGGCGAGAAGAUGUUUUACCUGUCUGGUAUAUUGCAUGGUGAGUAUCUUAAAAACGAAGUCCACAAUUUAGGAAGAUUCAUUUCUGUAAUGAAAUUUGAAGCAUCUGCGUGGAAAAAAACACAUCCUUAUGUGCUUGUGGAUAGGAUGGAAGAUAUUACUGAUCAUGAAUUACUGGCAAGUAAUCCCAUAGCUAAUAGAACUGUCUGCCUUUAUGGUUAUGCAAGAGGCGGUGCUUUAAAGAAAAAUUCACAUUACCAUGUUCCAGGUUGUGGUGAUUAUUUGAUUAAAAAUAUUCAUUUCCUUCCUGAUCCAUGUCCUCUUCCUGAUAAAAACAAAAAAAGGUCCUUGAAUGAGAAGGAACGAUUAAUUUACGCUCCAAUGUGUGGUGUUGGUGGUAUUGUGUAUGACAAAGAUGCAGUGUACAUUGAGUUAAAAGAAAAGAAAGAAGCAACUGUAGAGGAGGACAAACCAUCUGACAAAUUGGUUAAUUCCAUGGUAUCUGUACAACACACUAUAGAUGAGAAAAUGAAAGCAACGCAAAUUCAACUAUUUCCCGGUGACAAACCAUUGAAUGAAAGUGAAAUGUCUAGUGAAGAUGAAGAAUCAGAUAACAGUGACAACGAAUCUGCAAGUAAUGCCGAUAGUGAGGAAGAAGAUGAUGAUGAAGCAGGAGAUUCAUCUGAAGAGGAUAGUGAUGAUGAAGGCGAAAACUCAUCCGAUGACAAUUCUGAAGAAGGAGAGGAAUCUUCAGGAAAGUUAACCAAGAAAAUAAGUGGGAAAACCUUGAAGUCAUCCAAAAAACGGAAGGUUACUUUUGCUGAUGAAGACAGUGAUGGCUCUAAUAACUCCAAAGCAUCUCUUACCUCAAAAAAACAGAAAUUUUCAAAUGACAGCCAUGAUGAUGAUGAUGAGUUUGAAGAACUGGGUGGUGCAAAAUGGAAACAUAAUCUAAAGCAGAAAGCAGCAGAUGAGUUUUAUGAGCGACAGAAGGAAUCCUUCAAUCUUCAAAAGCUGGUGUAUGGACAGCGUCACAUUCAGGGAUCUGAUGACUCUGAUUCAGAAGAUGAAAUCGGUGGUCUGUUUCGCAUAGCAAAGUAUGAAAGAGAGAAAAAGGACUCUAAAUGUGAUAAUGGUUUGGAUUGUUCCAAAUUGGUUUUGACCAUUUCAAGAGAGUGGAUGGAUGAAAAAGAGAUGGAAAAAAUUCGUGAUUGCUUUGUUACUGGAAAAUGGGAUGAGCAUGAAGAUGCAGAAAAGCUUUUAAGUGAUGAAGAGGAACUGUAUGGGGAUUUUGAAGAUUUAGAAACAGGUGUUGUUCAUAAAGGCAAAGAAACGGUGUCAGAGAAAGCAGAAGCAGGUGAAAAUAAAACUGAAAAUGAAGAUCCCGAAAAGGCUGAAGAAAAAGAAAAAAGUCUUCAAGAAAAGAGAUUGGAGAAAAAGAAAAAACUAAAGGAAAUAUUUAACAAACAAUUUGAUGAUGCUGAGGGAAGAGCAUAUCAUGAUGACCUAAAAAUGGAAGCUGAUAAGCAAGGAGAACUUAACAAAAAAGAGUUUGAAGACUUGGAUGAUGAAGAUCGUGUGCAGUUUGAAGGUUAUCGACCUGGUCUAUACUUGAGAAUGGAAAUAGAAGAGAUGCCUUGUGAAUUUGUGAAAAAUUUUGAUCCAUCGUAUCCUGUAAUUGUGGGAUCGCUUUUAAAUGGAGAAGAUAAAUUGGGGUACCUACAAGUUCGUAUAAAGAAGCAUCGAUGGUACCCCAAAAUACUUAAAAGCAGAGAUCCUCUAAUAAUUUCCUUAGGAUGGCGACGAUUUCAGACCAUUCCACUGUACUACAUUGUCGACCACAAUAAGCGAAAUCGGCAUUUGAAAUAUACACCUAAACAUUUGCAUUGCAUGGCUGCAGUUUGGGGUCCUAUCACACAGCAGAAGUCAGGGAUAUUGGGUGUUCAAACUGUUAGUGAAAUAACUAGUAAUUUUAGAAUUGCUGCUGUAGGUAGUGUUACAGAAGUAAACCAAAUGACAAAUAUUGUUAAAAAACUGAAGCUUGUUGGUACUCCAUUAGAAAUUUUCAAGAAAACAGCAUUUAUUGAGGGUAUGUUUCAUUCUCCUCCAGAAGUUGUCAAAUAUGAAGGAGCUGCCAUUCGAACUGCUAGUGGCAUUCGAGGGCAGGUGAAGAAAGCACUAAGAGUCCCCCCUGGAGUUUUUCGUGCGACAUUUGAAGAUAAAAUUUUAAAAAGUGAUCUGAUUUUUCUUCGUACAUGGGUGAGUGUUGUUGUUCCAAAAUUUUGCAUCCUAGUCACUUCUCUCUUACUACCUGUUGGUCAGAAAGCAAAUUGGGAAGGAGCUAAAACUUUAGGACGCCUUCGCUAUGAAAAAGGUCUUCAUGCUCCAGUAUCAGAAGACUCCAAUUACAAGCCUAUUGAAAGGAAGUUUAAACAGUUUGCGCCUCUUGUGGUUCCUAAAAACUUACAGAAGGCCUUACCUUUCAAAGAUAAAAUUGUUCACAUGCCUAAAAAGAAGAAAGACCCAGAAAAUGAACGUGUUGCUGUUAUUAAAGAACCUAAAGAAAGAGAGGUAUCAAAAAUGUUGAAUAUGCUGAAGACUGUACAUCAAAUGAAAGUAAAGAAAGAAAAUAAGGCCAUGUGGCUGAGAGCAAGGGCUCAUCGUAAACAAAAGAAAAAGGAGGAAGUUAUUCAUCAUCAAAAAGUUCAGCAAAUGAAAAAACGCAUUCUUCGUAAGAGGAUCAGCAAACCACCACCUGAUGCAUGAACAUUGCAAAAUAAAUAUGUGCUCAUUUUCAUAACAAUAUUGUCACGGCACUCAUUGUGUGUUGUGCCUUAUUUAUUUUCUACAAUUUGUAAUGCAUAAACAUUAUGAGCAAAUUUGUAUAUAAAUGUUAUGUACAGUAUGAAAAUAUAAAACUUCA